AUGCCCUGUGAUCCAGUGAGAGUCUUAUUCUACGGCAGCAAGUGCAAAUACAUGACACUGAUGUUGCUCUACAACUUUAUCUACUGUCUGAAGCUGGUUGAGGUGUGCAUGGCAUUGGCCGUGGCCUCUGAGGCAGCACGCAGGUCCCAGCGCACAAACAGAGGGUUACUGGAGCUGGCCGGAGCCAUCAAAUGCAGCACGGGGAGAUCUGCCUUGGCCUACAUGAUGUACGGAUGCUACUGUGGACUGGGCGGUCAGGGCUGGCCCAGAGACAAGGCAGACUGGUGUUGCCACAGACAUGAUUGCUGUUAUGGAGAUGCAGAACGUCGUGGCUGCCAAACCAAAACCGACCGGUAUCAGUGGACUUGUGAGGACAAGACAGCUGAGUGCGAUAAUUUGAAGGACAAAUGUGAGAAGCUGCUGUGCAAGUGUGACAGAGAAGCAGCCAAGUGUUUGAGAAGAGCACCUUUCAUCCGAAAAUACGCCGUAUGGCCAGAUUUUCUGUGUGGCUAUGAACACCCAAUGUGUAAUAUUUACUGA